UUCGCUUCACUUAGCCUUAUCCCCCUCUAGGGGUAUUUUAGUGAUAGGUUCUAUAGGAACUGGACGAUCCUAUUUGGUCAAAUACCUAGCGACAAACUCCUAUGUUCCUUUCAUUACGGUAUUUCUGAAUAAGUUCCUGUAUAACAAGCCUAAAGGUUUUCUUCUUGAUGAGAAUGAUAUUGAUGAUAGUGACGAUAUUGAUGAUAGUGACAAUCUUGAUGCUAGUGACGAUAUCGAUCGUGACCUUGAUACAAAUCUGGAACUGCUAACUAGGAUGAAUGGGCUAACUGUGGAUAUGAUGCCAGAAAUAGACCGAUUUUAUAUCACCCUUCAAUUCGAAUUAUUAAAAGCAAUGUCUUCUUGCAUAAUAUGGAUUCCAAACAUUCAUAAUAUGGAUAUGAAUGAGUCGAAUGACUUAUCCCUUGGUCAAUUAGUGAAGUAUCUCUCCAGGGAUUGUGAAAGAUGUUCUACUAGAAAUAUUCUUGUUAUUGCUUCGAAUCAUAUUCCCCAAAAAGUGGAUCGCGCUCUAAUAGCUCUGAAUAAAUUAAGUACAUGCAUUAAGCUACAAAGGCUUCUUAUUCCACAAUAACGAAAACACUUUUUCACUCUUUCAUAUACUAGCGGAUUUCACUUGGAAAAGAGAAUGUUCCAUACUAACGGAUUCGGGUCCAUAACCAUGGGUUCCAAUGCACGAGAUCUAGUAGAACUUACCAAAGAGGUCCUAUCUAUUAGUAUUACAUAGAAGAAAUCAAUUAUAGAUACCAAUACAAUUAGAUCCGCUCUUCAUAGACAAACUUGGGAUUUGCGAUCCCAGGUAAGAUCGGUUCAGGAUCAUGGGAUCCUUUUCUAUCAGAUAGGAAGGGCUGCAGCACAAAAUGUACUUCUAAGUAAUUGCCCCAUACAUCCUAUAUCUAUAUAUAUGAAGAAGAAAUCAUGUAACGAAGGGGAUUCUUAUUUGUACAAAUGGUACUUUGAGCUUGGAACGAGCAUGAAGAGAUUAACGAUACUUCUUUAUCUUUUGAGCUGUUCUGCCGGAUCGAUCAUUCAAGAUCUUUGGUCUUUAUCCAGACCCGAUGAAAAAAAUAGGAUCACUUCUUAUGGACUCGUUGAGAAUGAUUUUGAUCUAGUUCAUAGCCUAUUAGAAGUAGAAGGCGCUCUGGUGGGAUCUUCACAGACAGAAAAAGAUUGCAGUCAGUUUGAUAAUGAUCGAGUGACAUUGCUUCUUCGGCCCGAACUGAGGAAUCCUUUAGAUAUGAUGCAAAAGGGCUCUUGGUCUAUCCUUGAUCAGAGAUUUCUCUAUGAAAUGGAGUUUGAAGAAGGGGAGGGAGAAGGAGCCCUUGACCCGCAGGAGGAUUUAUUCAAUCAUAUGGUUUGGGCUCCUAGAAUAUGGAGCCCUUGGGGCUUUCUAUUUGAUUGUAUCGAAAGGCCCAAUGAAUUGGGAUUUCCCUAUUGGUCCAGAUCAUUUCGGGACAAGCGGAUUAUUUAUAAUGAAGAGGAUGAGCUUCAAGAGAAUGAUUCGGGGUUCUUGUAGAGUGGAACCAUACAGUACCAGACACAAGAUAGAUCUUCCAAAGAACAAGGCCUUUUUCGAAUAAGCCAAUUCAUUUGGGACCCUGCAUAUCCACUCUUUUUCCUAUUCAAAGAUCAGCCCCCUGGCUCUGUGUUUUCACAUUGAGAAUAAUUUGCAGAUGAAGAGAUGUCAAAGGGGCUUCUUACUUCCCAAACAGAUCCUGCUACAUCUAUAUAUAAACACUGGUUUAUCAAGAAUACGCAAGAAAAACACUUCAAAUUGUUGAUUAAUUGUCAGAGAUGACUUAGAACCAAUAGUUCAUUAUCUAAUGGAUCUUUCCGUUCUAAUACUCUAUCCGAGAGUUAUCAGUAUUUAUCAAAUCUGUUCCUAUCUAACGGAACGCUAUUGGAUCAAAUGACAAAGACAUUGUUGAGAAAAAGAUGGCUUUUCCCGGAUGAAAUGAAAAUUGGAUUCAUGUAACAGGAGAAAGAUUUCCCAUUCCUUAGCCAGAAAGA